AUGGUCACCACGCACUUAGGGACAGCGAUAAUACGCCGAAGACACCCUCAACCUCACACUGGCCAUCUCCUCGCCGUGCUGGGCUACCGCUUCUGCGGGAAGGUGCUCGAGAUCGCACCGCAAUGCCAUCGCUGCUACCCAGGCGAGACUGUCGCAGGCUACACGCCCACAGGACUGAACCGACCGACCAGAUACGGCACCCACCAGUUGUACCUGGCGUGUCCGGAGGAGAUGGCAUUCCGCGUGCCCGCCGCCCUCCCGCUAUCGGACGCCGCGGCUCUCACCGUGGACGCCAUGACGGCGGCGGAUGCACUGUUCAAUCUGUUUGGGAUUCCUCUUCCGCAGGAAGAAACCCCGUCCAGCGGUGCGCAGGCCAGCGGAAAGGGACUCCUCAUCUGGGGCGCCUCUAGCAGCGUGGGUCUCUGCGCCGUCCAGCUCGCGCGAGCCAGCGGCGUCUCUCCCAUCCUCAUGACGGCGUCUCCGCAGCGCCAUGCCCUGCCCACGGAGCUGGGCGCCACCCGUUACUUUGAUUACAGAAUCGAGGAAAGUGACACGAUAGUGGCUUACGGAAUCGACGCCGUGGGAAGUGUCCCGCGAACUGAAGACUUCUCGGCGACGCUGCUGGUUCGCUGUCUCGCCCCCGAGGCCGACCUCGUCUCGCUGGUCGUCCAGGACGAUCCCCGCUUUUGUGUGCCAAUUGCGACCCCUAACCGCGACGUGUCUGUUAGAGUUGCAAAGGUGCGGCCCAUCAACAUCUCUGCGAGGCCGGCGGACUUUGAGCGGGCGUGGCGGGUGUUGGAGUGGGCGAUAAGGGACUACGGUGUGCGCUUCCGGCUGCCUCGCGAUGAGAUCUUCGGGAAGUCGACGGAGGAUGCGCUGGAGGAGUUGAUGGGGUUGGCGGAGGGUGGGAGGCGGCUUGGGAAGGUGGUGCUUCGCCAUCCGUUGGCUUGA